GGCGAUGAGGGUAUAUUGCCCAUCCGCAUAAGAAAGGGCAGUUGAAGAUUGAACAGUUAAAUUCAUCAAGUUUAUCAAAGAAUGAAGUUGAUAGAUAACCAUUAAAAUCUUUUUCAAGUAAAAUUUCCAACUUUGAAAUAAAUUCGUCAGAUAAUGCGGUAUCUUUUAUCUCAAGCUCACUGAGAUAUAUCGUAUCGAUAUAAGAAUGGAAAGAACCAUUGUUAAGUAGUCGUGGAUACAUGUAUAUUCAAAUGUUGAGUUGAAGGCCACAGCACGUUUUUUUUCUUUACACAUAUUAUAUAUUAAACAAAUUCUGAUUCAUAUGAAUACAAAAAUAGGUCUCUUAAUAACCGGGCGCAAUUGGUAUCAUGAUUCAGUGAAAAAGUUCAUGUUUAAUGAUCUUGUAAAAAUGAAUACACGAUGCAAGGAAGAAGAAAGUGACGUCACAUCCGUUCAUUGCAGCGAUGAACAUUAGGCGUUUCAGUGCCCGGAAGCUUUAAACUUAACAAUGACUUGCAUGUUCUUGAUAUUCUUCACCAUCGUGUGGCCGAUCCUUUACACUUAUGUCUACGGGGAAGAAAUAGAAUCCAUACAAGGUGUCGCAGAAAUUUAUAGCAGACUAGCUAAUGGAUCAACGUGUUUCAACAGUUCCUCUCUUGAUGAUUUUGAACAGGAUGUGAAAAAAAAUUGUAAAUGGUCAGAUGGAAAGGAAGAUAACUAUUUUAUUUUCCAAAUAAAUUACGCUGGGAACACCUUCCUGUAUCUGCGCAAUAAAAAGAAUUCUACGUGUAAUUACAACAAGAUCGAUGUAAUAAUCGAGUGCAAUAUGAACGAAAAAGCUAUAGAACCAAUAAAAAGUUGUAUUGUUGACCAAUGUCUCAACAAACAGAGACCCGGGAUGAUGAAAGAUAAUGAAACUGAGAAAUUGGUCAUCACAUCUAAAGAAACUACUGAAAAUCUAGGGAUCAUUGCAGCGGUCGUUGAGGGCGUUAUUAUCAUAAUCACAAUAGUUAUCUUUACUUUAGUUAAAUCCAGGAAAAGCAAAGCGACAAUUGGCUGUCAAAAAUCGUGCAUUGAGAGAUGUUGUUCUGUUUCAUCAUUGACGUCUACAAGACAUAGAAGAGAAAAUGCAUCUCGAACUUCAUCUCAACCGGCGGAGAUGGCUGUAUAUGAAGCCAUUCCUGACAAAAAUGUAUACGAUCAUUUACACGAGGAACCGAAAACGAUCCCAAAACCAGGUCGAUAUUCAACAAUGAAAGAAAUUCGUGAAAUUCGUCAGGCUAAAACUGAUGAAUCUUAUCAACCAGUAGACGAAGAAAAAGUUACGGUUUGUGUUAAGAACGAUGAUAAAAAUGAAAAUAACACAUUCCAAAUACUACAACAAUCAGCUGAAGGUGAUGAUGGAAAAACAAAUUUAGAUGAGAAGCAACCAAUGGGUGAAUAUUUUGUUCUUGAAAAGAAAUGUUCGGAAGAAAAAGAUGUAACAAAUUAAUAUUUAACAAUCCAAUAAAUCAAUUAAUGUAAUUAAGAUACUUUAUGUAUGCAUAUGACAU